AUGAUACGAAAACGUGGCAAGAUUUGUCUGGCACGCAUAGUAAGCGUUCCAUCUAGCACAUGCGGUAACUGGUGGAAGUUAAAAGCAGAUAGGGGAUCGCCUGAAAAGGGGAGGAACGGUGCGACAUGGAUGAACUGCAGCGGUACUCGGGCAAAAGAUGAAAGAAAGGGUGCGACAGAAUGCCGCCACAUGCCCAGCGUGUUGUACAAUGCUCAGGGCCUUCGGGUAGUCGGAGGAUGGGCGCGUGUACGCGGGUCGCUGAAUGACGACAUGCUCUGUCGCAUUGUAGCAGGGACUUGUUGCCCGAAUUAUGUGUCUGCUGCAUCACGGGAGGCAGUUCAAAGCGGAAGUGUGCUAGCGGCUGCGGAGAAGUUUCUAGGCAUGGUACGAGCUAGGAGGUGGAAGCAAGAUGAUAAGUAUGAGAUUGUAAAUAAGCGGCAAUACGUUGCCGUUGACGAUGCCAAUUUUGGGUAG